AUGAGUAAGAUUAUUAAACCACCAAGCGGUGUGAGAUCAGCUCACUUCAGAACUCUUGAAAGAGAAUCCCGUUUUAUAAAUCCUCCCAAAGACAAAACUGCUUUCCCACUAUUAAAGGAAGCAAUUGAACCUCAUGUUGGUUCAUUUAAUGCAUUGACUGAAGGACCAGAUGGUGGCCUUCUAAAUCAAGCUAUUGAAGAUAUUGGUGAAAAAGUCAUCUUUGAUGGAAACUUGGGAACAGAUGAAAAUAUUAAUAGUAAUUACUUAGGUAACAGAUUGUCUGUUAGUAUUGAGCAAGUCUCCAUUAGUAAACCAAUGUCUAAUGAAGGUAUCUCUUCAGCGGUUGAAAGAAAAUUUUUCCCAUCUGAAGCUAGACAAAGAUUAACAUCGUAUAAAGGUAAAUUGAUGUUGAAAUUAAAAUGGAAUGUCAACAACGGCGAAGAAGUUUUUACCGAAGUUAGAGAUUGUGGUGGCUUACCAAUCAUGUUACAAAGUAAUAGGUGCCACUUAAAUAAAUUAUCUCCAUACGAAUUGGUUCAACAUAGAGAAGAAUCAGAUGAACUUGGUGGUUAUUUUAUUAUCAAUGGGAUUGAAAAACUAAUAAGAAUGUUGAUUGUUCAACGUAGAAACCAUCCAAUGGCCAUUAUCAGACCAUCCUUUACGAACAGAGGUACCUCAUACACACAUUUUGGUAUUCAAAUUAGGUCUACCAGACCAGAUCAAACUUCCCAAACUAAUGUUUUACAUUAUUUAAAUGAUGGUCAGGUCACUUUCAGAUUUUCUUGGAGAAAAAAUGAAUAUCUAGUACCAGUUGUUAUGAUUUUGAAAGCCUUAUGUGAUACUAGUGAUAGAGAAAUUUUCGAUGGUAUUGUUGGUUCUGAUACUUCCAAUUCCUUUUUAACUGAUCGUUUAGAAUUGUUAUUACGUGGUUUCAAAAAGAGAUACCCAACUUUACAAAACCGUACCCAAGUUCUACAAUACAUUGGUGACAAAUUCCGUUUUGUAUUCCAAGCUUCUACCGAUAAAAGCGAUUAUGAAGUUGGUCAAGAAGUAUUAGACCGUAUCGUGCUAGUUCAUCUUGGCAAACAAAAUAAUGUAGACAAAUCAAGAUUAUUAUUGUUUAUGAUUAGAAAAUUAUACUCACUAGUUGCUGGUGAAUGUGCACCAGACAAUCCAGAUGCUACUCAACAUCAAGAAGUCUUAUUAGGUGGGUUCUUAUAUGGUAUGAUCUUAAAAGAAAAGAUGGACGAAUACCUUCAAGGAAUUAUUGCCCAAAUUAGAACCGAUGUCAAUCGUGGUGUUGCCAUUAAUUUCAAGGAUCGCAAAUACAUGAACAGAGUCUUGUCAAGAGUAAAUGAAAAUAUCGGUUCUAAGUUACAAUACUUCUUAUCUACUGGUAACUUAGUGUCUCAAUCUGGUUUAGAUUUACAACAAGUUUCCGGUUAUACCGUUGUCGCUGAAAAAAUCAAUUUCUACCGUUUUAUCUCACAUUUUAGAAUGGUUCAUAGAGGGUCUUUCUUUGCUCAAUUAAAAACCACUACAGUUAGAAAGUUGUUACCAGAAUCUUGGGGUUUCUUAUGUCCCGUACAUACCCCAGAUGGUUCUCCAUGUGGUUUGUUGAACCAUUUUGCCCAUAAAUGUCGUAUUUCAACCCAACAAUCUGAUGUUUCUAAAGUGCCAAGUUUACUAUUUAGCUUAGGUGUUUCCCCAGCUUCACACACUUUUGCUGCAGGUCCAUCUAUGUGCUGUGUUCAACUAGAUGGUAAGAUCAUUGGUUGGACCACCCAUGAACAAGGUAAGAUAAUUGCUGACACACUAAGAUUUUUAAAAGUUGAAGGUAAGACUGAAGGUUUACCAUUAGAUUUGGAAAUUGGUUACGUUCCACCAUCUACUAAAGGUCAAUAUCCUGGUUUAUACAUUUUCGGUGGUCAUUCCAGAAUGAUGCGUCCUGUUCGUUACCUACCAUUAGACAAAGAAGAUAUUGUUGGUCCGUUUGAACAAGUUUAUAUGAAUAUUGCAGUUACUCCUCAGGAAAUAGAGAAUAAUGUCCACUCACACGUUGAAUUCAGUCCAACUAACAUUCUUUCUAUUUUAGCCAAUUUAACGCCAUUUUCCGAUUUCAAUCAAUCUCCAAGAAAUAUGUACCAAUGUCAAAUGGGUAAACAAACAAUGGGUACUCCUGGUGUAGCUUUAUGUCAUCGUUCCGACAAUAAAUUAUAUAGAUUGCAAACAGGUCAAACACCAAUUGUCAAAGCUAAUCUUUAUGAUGAUUACGGUAUGGACAACUUCCCUAAUGGUACCAACGCCGUUGUUGCUGUUAUUUCUUAUACUGGUUAUGAUAUGGAUGAUGCAAUGAUUAUUAAUAAGUCUGCUGAUGAGAGAGGUUUUGCAUAUGGGACUAUGUACAAAGUUGAAAAGAUAGAUUUAUCCUUAAACAGAAGUCGUGGUGAUCCAAUUACUCAACAUUUUGGUUUUGGUACUGAUGAAUGGCCAGAAGAAUGGUUGGAAAAACUGGAUGAAGAUGGUUUACCAUAUAUUGGUACCUAUGUUGAAGAAGGUGAUCCAAUUUGUGCAUACUUUGAUGCUACCAUUAACAAGACAAAAGUUAAAACUUACCAUUCUUCAGAACCGGCUUAUAUAGAGGAAGUCAAUCUAAUUGGAGACGAAUCCAAUAAAUUUCAAGAAUUGCAAACUAUCAGUAUUAAAUACCGUAUUAGAAGAACCCCACAAAUCGGUGAUAAAUUCUCUUCCAGACAUGGCCAGAAGGGUGUUUGUUCUAGAAAAUGGCCAACUAUUGAUAUGCCAUUCAGUGAAACAGGUAUUCAGCCUGAUAUCAUCAUUAACCCACAUGCUUUCCCUUCGCGUAUGACCAUUGGUAUGUUCGUUGAAUCGUUAGCUGGUAAAGCUGGUGCUUUACACGGUAUUGCACAGGAUGCUACCCCUUGGAUUUUCAAUGAAGAAGAUACUCCGGCUGAUUACUUUGGUGAACAGUUAUUAAAAGCUGGCUACAAUUACCAUGGUAAUGAACCAAUGUACUCAGGUGCUACGGGUGAGGAAUUAAGAUGCGAUAUAUACAUUGGUGUUGUUUACUAUCAAAGAUUGAGACAUAUGGUCAACGAUAAGUUCCAAGUCCGUUCCACUGGUCCGGUUAACAGUUUGACCAUGCAACCAGUCAAGGGUAGAAAGAGACAUGGUGGUAUCCGUGUUGGUGAAAUGGAAAGAGAUGCACUGAUUGGUCACGGUACGUCGUUUUUAUUGCAAGAUCGUUUACUCAACUGUUCAGAUUAUACACAAAGCUCCAUAUGUCGUGAGUGUGGCUCCAUUUUAACUACUCAACAAAGUGUUCCAAGAAUUGGUGCUGCUGCUUUGACAACAUGUCGCCGUUGUGCUGUUAAAUUCGACGAUGCUAAGAAGAUGAUUGCUGAAUACCAAGGUGACGAUAAGAUAUUUAUUGACGAUUCCCAAAUCUGGGAAGAUGGUCAAGGUAACAAGUUUGUUGGUGGUACCAACACUACGACUGUUGCCAUACCGUUCGUAUUGAAAUACUUGGAUUCUGAGUUAACUGCAAUGGGUAUUAGACUUCGUUACAACGUAGAACCAAAAUAA